UUAUGGCGCCGAUAACACUAAAACAUACUUGGAGUGUUCAAUUUUUAAUGGAAACAUAGGUUUUUUAAGAUUGUUAUUGGCAUCGAAUGGGACGGUUAUCGUUUAUUAGCUUAUUACAAUAUACGAGUAAUAGCCUGAGACAGUGCUACAAGUGCCAAAACCACCAUGGAAACGGAAGACAUUAUAGAAUUGGGGUCUUCAGAUGAAGAACCCGGGCCGCCUCCGCCUAAAAAGAUGAAUGUAAGAAAUGCCAUGGUUCACAUUCCGGCAAAUCUCCCAGGAGUGACAAUCAAACCUGUCAAAGCAAUACCACAACUGCCAAAACUGGGGAAAAAUAUAACCAUCACGAAAACAAACACUAGUUCAGUAAACAAAUUGAUAAACCAAAAUCAAAAGCUUACUGUAGCUAAAAAGAAAACAAUGGGGAAAAAAUUGCACAGCCAACCCCAUCCAAGGGAAAAAUAUUUAACCCACUUAGUCUACCAACUAAUCCUGCCAUCACAAAGUUAAAAAAUCCAAUACAGAUUAAAAAGCCUCAGCAGAAUAAACCACAACCUCUACAAAGAUUGCCACCAAGCAUCACAAUUAAGAAGACAGGGUCAGCAGCCAAGCCUCCACAUAUAGUUAUGCUUCCAAAACCAGUUCUCCCAAAAACCAUUCCAACACGAGCUGUUAACCCAAAAACGAUGCCUAAACAACGGACAAAUUUAGGUAAAAAGAGAAAAUUAGAGGUAGUCCAAACAGUCGAACUUGAUGAUGAUGAUGCUUCUACAUCGUCUAAAAGUCCUCAGUGGUAUGUGAGACCAGAAGAACAAAUUGAGAUCCCUGUUGAAGAUGAUAUUUUACCUCAAGAUGAGGCAGCACCUUCACAAGAGGAUACAAAUAAUAAAGAGCCAGAGGUUCCUAAGUAUAUUGAAAUCACAAUAGAGGAUAGUCCUGUUAAACCAGCAAAAAUGAAGCGCACGCGGGAGCUAAGCACCGAAAAAGUAAUUAUGAUUGAUGAUAGCCCCAACAAAGGUACCAUUGUAAACGAUGAAGUUGGUGAGUGCAGUGACAAUGAAGUAGACACUGCAAAGAAGGUCCCACAUAGUAAAAAGAGACUAGACUAUCCACAUGAGCUUGAGACCAUUGAAGAAUUACGUACACUUGAAAUAGAAAUUGAACCAAUGAAUCUAGAUGAUUCUAUAAAUUCAAAUGAUUUGAAUCCAAAGGAUAGUGACAAAUCAAAUAGUAAAGCCAGUAAAGAAUCAAAUACUAAAGUGAAUAAAGAGGCAAGUAAGAAAGUAAAUAGAAGUUCAAACACUAAAGUAAAUAACGAUUCAAAUUCUAAAGCAAGUAAAGACAGUAAAAUAGUUUCCUUAACACCAGAAAUUAUGGAAACAGAUGAAACAUCUGUUGAGAUAGCACAAAACAAGCAAGGUUCUGUCUCAGUCAGACAAAUCAAGUCCAUGCAACUAAAACAGAACACUAAAGUAGCUCCGAAAAAGGAUGUUGGAUUGCCGAGUGAAUUUCAUCCUAUUUAUCAAAACUUCAUUAGCUUAUGUAUUCAAUUAGAGAACUCAAAUGACAUGGAAAAGAUAAUCGAAAAAAAGAUAAAGCCUUAUUAUAGACAGGCACCAAAAGAAUAUACAGAAUCGGAAGAAUUCCUUGACAUGGUAUCUAGUAAAAUAACAGCCAUGGAGGCUGCUCCUGAAAAGAUGUAUUUGUAUAUCAAAGACAUUGUAGAUGAACUGAAUUUACAAAGGAAGUAUAUGAAACAAGUGCCAGUGGAGGAACCCAGGUCUAAAGAUGUGGACAAAGACAGUUUUCUAUAUGGAAAAGAAAAUGAAUUGGAUCCCAACAAGCAGAGGCAGAUACGGAAAUUGGAGAAAACACUCAAGAAACUAAAUCGAGCCAUUCAGAAACUUGAGGCCCAAGAAGUAGAUUUUGAUGACGAAGAAGACUCUGUAUAUUUACUUACUGAAAAGUACAAAGAGAGAAUGGUACGAGUGCACGCAAAGUUCUGCCAACUGACAAAUACUAAGCUGCCUUCACAACCCCGGAUCGUGAUCGACCCCCGGCCGGGGCUGUCCGCCGCGCCCGCGAAGCGCCUCGAGGCGUGGAUCAACAAGAAAAAUACCGUUACAUUUCCGGAUUUUCACGAUGUGUUGCGCUGUGUCAGGGAGGCCAAUGAGAUCGACAAGCUUGGCUGGAAUGAGGCCUUCAUAAUGGAAGAAGCUAGAGAUCUCUUUGUACGGUGCGGUAGAAAGCUACAAAGACGUAGACAAGAAAACGAAUGGCGAUUGGCUACCUCUAGAAUAACUGCCAACGUUGACCCGGCCGAGCAAAGUGAUGAACUUAAGAAGCAAUUGGAAGCUAAUCGCCGCCUGGCUAGUACGAAGGAAACCGAAGUAUUUGACAAAUUUUGUGACAGACAAAGUCAGCUGAAACUGGAGGCUGAAGAGAUCGACGAUAAAGACGCUGAAGAAUCUCCAGUAGAGAGUGAGGAGGAAGAUAACGAAGACGAUUCCUCUCUAGAAAGCAAACAGAGACGAAAAGACAGGCUAAGAAGGCUGCUACAAGAGCAAUCCAAGAAGAACAUUCCUAAUAAAAUUCAACCAGACGAUAACACAAAAACAGAAGAUGACCCUCUCACGCAAAAUGAAGAAUCAGAUGGAAAAAAAGAAGAAAAAGAAGAAAUUGAAAGUAAAUUUGACGCAGUCAACGAAGAAGAUAAAAUACAAACCCUGAGUGAUGACAGUAACGAAAUUGGUUCAGAUAUGGAUGAACUACACUUGUUACAGAAAUUACAUUCUGAUUGUGAAAUACGGACAGUCUCGUCGUCGUCUGAUUCUGAAACCCCUAUAGCUAUUUCUGAUACUUUGGAUUCAAGUUCUGAUAAUGAACAGCCAACAAAUCAACAACCCACGGACGUUAUAAGUAUAGAAAAUUCCAGUUAUUCUGAUGAUUCAGAUGCUGACAAAAAAGAUCCCUUAAGCGAUAAUAAAAAGUACACAGUGGCGAGUGAAGAUUUAAUGGAGGAAAGUAAAGAAAUUGAAUGUUCUUCUUCAAGUGUUGUAAAAAACACUCAUCUCGCAGAUGCUGUCAUAGAAAAUAUGGUUAUAUCUGAUGAUGGAAGUAACCUUGAUGACAAUACCAAUUCAGGAAAAAGCGAUAAUUCAUCAAAAGUAUCGCUACAAGAAGGGCAAAUCUUUGAUAAGGAUAGUGUUACGUCUGAAAGCGUUGAACUCAGUAUCAAUGAUGUUGCAAAACCUAGCGAUGCUGAAGAUGAACUAAGUACGAACUCGGAUAUAAUUGAGAAUCCUGGAUCAUCUGCUUCAUCAGGACAAUAUGAGGAACUUCUCAAGGAACACAAUGCUGAUCCCCUUCUAAAACGACCAGAUUUAGUUCCGCGAGAUCCUUCGGAUGAACUCUUUGAUAGUAUGGUAAUUAAACAUUACAAUGAUCCACUUGUUAAGAAACAUCUCAAGGGCUCUGAUUCGUCUAAUGGGGAUGAUGCAGAAAACUCAAACUCUGAUACUCAAUCUACAGUUGCAACUGAAACAGCAGAAGAGGCCAAGAAAGAUUUGAUAGAAACAUCAGUAGACACCGAAGAAUUCCUAAAUUUAGAUUCACCAUCAGUACAAAUAGUUGAUAAAUUAAUUGAUAAAUUGAAACAGUCUGACGGAUCUCAAAGCAGUGACGAACUUUUAAUGAAAAUUGAUCAAGAGAUUGGUUUGAACGCCGAAGCUAUGUCCCCAGUAACAUUCGAGCUAGAGAAGGCGGUUGGUCUUGCCAGACAAACCAAAGCAUGGCCGAGGUUUAAAGAUGAAUGUUCAUCUAUGAGCUCUGCUGAGGAAGAAAAUACAGGUGAUCAUUCUCAGUCGAUGCCGCCGAAUUCUAAUGAUUCCAAAAAUGACGAUGAAACUGUGCUAGCGCAACGUGAAGAAGCAAGUCCAGCUGCAGAUACAAAUGAUUCAGACGUUUGUGGGAAUGAAUCUACGAACCGCACACCCACGACUAAAAUUACUACCCAAGGUAUUAAUAUUUCUACUGAUGAUAACAGCGCGGGCGCCUCCUGUUCAGAAAGUGUGAACCAAGUGACGGAUAAUAAGGAAGUCACACAUAAUGAAUCAGGUUCUAUUGAAAAAUCCGAUUGUACUAACAUUUGUAGUUCAGAGACUGCUGAAGAGGUAUCCGAAGCAACUGAUAUCAACAAGUCAGCAGCUACGGCUGUCUGUACUUCUAAUACUACAAUAGAAGCAUCUGGUGACUGUAACAUUGCAGACAUUGAAAUGCCUUCUACUGAAGAGAAUAUUGAGAAUUACAAAUCUACUGAUGAAAUAACUGAAUCGAUGGAGGUUGUGCCUGAUUUAACGGAAGAAAAAGAAAUUGAACAGUCUAAAGAAACAGAGUGUGAUGAACUUAUUAAUAGUGUAGCAUCCCUAGCAAACGCAGAUGAUGUAGAUUUGUCAUCUAUUCUUGAUAACAAGUCUGAACAUCUUCAUCCUAAUGAAACCCUAGAAGAAAACUCGGGCGAAGGAGGAGACUCUGUGAUGAAGAUUUUGAAUUCCAGUAGUGGAACUAAGAGUAGUAUUGGAAAUGAAUUUAAUGGUAAUGUAAAUAUUAAUAUGGAUAUUACUGACUUACUUGAUAAUGAUACUAGUUUAUGUCCAAAACUUGGAGAUAAUUUAGGCCUGGAUAAUUUAAAUGAGCUAGACUCAGUAGAAAAAGGCGAAUGUGAGGAUAAAUCAGUCCCUAGAACAAUUUCAAAUAUGCGUUUGCAAAGCACUGAGAGUAAUAAUUAAAUC